AUGUUUAGCCUUGAGGUUUUCUAUCCUGAUGGAUAUGGCGGUUAUGUUCCUCAUCCUCCGCCUUAUGCCACACAGAUGGUCUAUUCCGCAGAUGGCCAGCAGUAUGCAGUUGCCUACCCGUAUCAUUAUCAAGGCGGAUACGCACCCGGCGUCAACCAGGUCAUAGUUCAGGAGCGCCGGCGUGACGACACAGGUGACGUUGCUCUGGGGAUGCUUGCCGGUGCUGCGACGGGAUUGGCCCUCGGCUCCCUGUUUUCCGUGUUCUAAUGUUUUUUUGUGAACCCAGCCCAACCCCACCUAACCUACAGCACGGGAAACCCUUCCCACGUUGUUUUAACUUUGCCUUUACGCCUCGUAAUGCGCAGGUCUGAUAAUGUAGCCGGACUGGGUGAAUAUUCGCUUACUUUUCUGUAUUUGUCUUUUUACCAAAGCUUAUGUACUUUUGAUUAGGCACCAACAAAUGCGUUUGCUUUGCAAAUGUAAUCUUUAGCAUACAAAGAUAUACACUAAAAUAUUGGCGGCUGGCCUUAAGAUAAGGAUAAUCAGUGAGGUUUAUAGAUCAGCCACUGUUUGAGUCUAAAAAUGGGUCGAUUUUAUACUAACGAUGCCCUGUGAAGAAAUGACAGGCUUUGAUGAAAAGAAUGAUAGGCAAGCAGUUUUUUCCUGUUAUUUCUAAUUAGAAAUUAAACUGUUUUUAGUGUCGUUUUCAGCUGCAAAGCCAAGUAAAUAUUUUGUGACCAUCUCGGUAAAAAGGAAUAGUUCUCUCAAAAA